CACAUCUGGAGAGAUCUAAAGAAGCAGCGACCAUGUCGUCAAUUUUUUUUACUAUGUGCGGAACUCCAAGAUGUGUGCGAAGAGACUGAUCCCCGCUCUGUUAUAACAAUUGCCCACUAUGAGCUUGGGAUGGAUAGGAUGGUAAUGGUCUGAUGGAGACCAGGAGUAAUCUGGCCAUAAAAGAUGGACUCUAAGAAGGUGUUCACUGCUGGUACUCUGACUGAUGAUAUAGUGGUGGAAAUCCUCUCUUGGGUGCCGUACAAGUCUUUCUGCCGCUUCAAAUGUGUCUCGAAGGCCUGGCUUGCUUUCUCCUCUGAUCCGCACUACCAUCAGAAACUGCUGAAGAUUCCCACUGGUCUUUUUCACAAGGGCAAAGAUGGGUCUGCUGUCCAGCUUCUUAGCCUGUCCCCAAAUGACGAGGGAAUUGAUGGAGCUCUUACAUUCUUGCUGCACCAUGAGCAUUUGGAAUUUGUGGACUGUUGCAAUGGCCUAGUUCUCUGCAAGUACAAGAGCAGCUAUACUUCUCCAGAUAUUUGUCGCUUCAUCGUGUGCAACCCGGCAACACGAGAGUGGAGGACGCUUCCUGAUACCCAUCCUAGCCCAUAUGGUCCAGGUGGCUCCUUGUAUACAACUCUUUUGGCCUUUGAUCCAUCAUGGUCAUCGCAGUUCUAUGUCUUUAACUUUGAGAAGAGGCACCACGACAAUUAUUUGCAACUUGAUGUUAGGAAACUUGAAGUGUUCUCCUCUGAGCUAUCCACGUGGCUUGUGGAUGCUGCAUGGAGUUCUCCUAUACAGGUUCAUAAAUCUCGUGGCUUUAUAGGUGGAGUGUUGUAUGUGCAGACUUACGGCCGUGAGAAUCUGGUGUUCAAGGGCUUGGAGGCAAUGAUUUCAGGCAUUCCGCCCCAUCAUUUCACUAUCAAGAUGCAGCAUGACCCUUGGAGGCUUGCGAAUGGUUGCUUUGGUCAAUCAUCGGGGUUCUUGCAGUGUGCAUUUCCGGAGGAGAGUGGUGAUACGGUUGCAGUUUUCAAUCUUGAUAGCUGUCGUCCUUACAAGUGGUCUUUGAAGCAUCGCCUUAGCGCGAGGGAUGUGUUCUGAAAGGAUGACCUUGUUCACAGUUAUGGAAGCUUCUUACGUUGGAUUACUUAUAGGGUUGUGGCUCUUGACCUGGAUAGAGAGGUUCUCUUCCUCGUCGACAGAGAUUCAGACAAGCUCUUAUCAUACAACAUCAACACUGGGAACCAUAGUGUGAUCCAAGAUGAUUGGCUUCUUAGAGACUGCGCCUAUUAUGUGGCUUGCUAUUCAAAGCUUCCAGGCUGAGCCAUGUAUGUGAUGUAGCGAGUAGUAGCAUCUCUUGUGUGCACUUUUUUUUUUCUUUUCAUCUUGUUAUUACAGAUGCUGCAUC